AUGAGCCUCGCACCGGAGCAGAGAGAAUGGACUCCGCCUGACGCCGGCGAUCGGCCUGAGGCUGCCGAGAUGCUCAGCCGCCUAACGCCCGGCACUCUCGCCUAUCUGGGCGACGCCGUCUACGAGCAAUCUGUGCGCGAGCGGCUGCUCUGGCCUCCGUCGAGGAUCGACAGCCUCACUAGCCGCGUGCAGCGCCUCGUGCGGGCAGAGGGGCAGGAGGCGCUCCUGCGCGCGACGGUGGCGGGCUUUGGGCUGAGCGAGGAGGAGCAGGAGUGGGUGCGCCGCGGCCGGAACUCCGCCGGCCGUGGGCCUCGCCGGCUGCACCCGAGCGUGUACCGUGCGGCCACCGGCUUCGAGUGCCUCGUCGGCUACCUGCACAUCACGGACCGCGACCGCUGCGCGGCGCUCCUCGAGUUUUGCCACGGGCUCGGCGAGCCGCCCGAGGAGGAGACUCUUGACGAGGAGGGCGGCCCGUGA